GGGGUCCGGCCUUUCCGCGCCUCGGCGUCCGCGGGCUCGGCGGCGCCCAGCGGCCGGGGGCGCGCGGCUGGCAGCGGCGGGGCGGGCGCGAGGCGCGGCCCGCGCGGGCGGCGCCGGCCCGCAGCGAAUCGGGCCCUGCGGGGAGGCCUCACCGGAGAGGAUCAGCGGCGGCCGCGGCCGGGGGCUGGAUCCGGCGCCGUGCGAGGGGCCCGGGUGGACGCCGGGGCCGAGCCAAGGCCGCGAGGUGCGGCCUCUGGUGACCUCCGGGUCCGGCCCAGGCUCUUCCCAGCCGCGCUGCAGCCCAGGGUGGGGUGCUCCGAGUGUGUAGGCCCGCAGGGCGAGGGCAGCCACUGGAGCUCCGAAGCUUCAAGGUUUGUCUUCGGCCGCUGACCCCGUCACUGCAGCUGGUCAUGCCCACGGCGCUGUGCCCCCGAGUCUUGGCUCCGAAGGAGAGCGAAGAGCCCCGGAAGAUGAAGAGCCCCCCAGGGGAAGACCCCGGCCCUCGCGCCGAGCCGCCCAGCCCGGAGUCCUCCCGCCGCCUCUUCCGCCGCUUCCGCUACCAAGAGGCGGCGGGGCCGCGUGAGGCGCUGCGCCGCCUGUGCGAGCUGUGCCGGGGCUGGCUGCGGCUGGAGCGGCGCAGCAAAGAGCAGAUCCUGGAGCUGCUGGUGCUCGAGCAGUUCCUGGCCAUCCUGCCCCGAGAGGUGCAGAGCUGGGUGCGGGCGCAGGAGCCAGAGAGCGGCGAACAGGCAGUGGCCGCGGUGGAGGCGCUGGAGCGCGAGCCGGGCCGGCCCUGGCAGUGGCUCAAGCACUGUGAGGACCCCGUGGUGAUUGAGGAUGGGGAGCAGGAGCAGGAGCAGCUGCAGGCGGAACCGCACAGGGACCUUGCUGGGGGCCCAGACACCGAGCCCGUGGCCCUGGCUCAGAGCCCGGGGCUCCCAAGCAGACCUCCAGGCCAGCUCAGUGGGGACGCAGUUCUGCAGGACAUGCCAGUUUUUCAGGAAGAGAGUAUGCGGGGUGCCCCCCAGGUGACCGCCCUUCAGCUGCCUCCGAGCCGGGCUUCUCCCUUCAAGGACAUGAUCCUGUGCUUCUCUGAAGAGGACUGGUCCCUCUUGGACCCCGGCCAGACUGGCUUCUAUGGAGAGUUCAUCAUUGGGGAGGACUGCGGAGUCUCCGUGACCCCAACAGAUGACCCAGCCGCCCUGCCAGGCCCCUUCCAGGGAGAGGAGAGUGAGCUGCUGCCAGAGGUGCUGGAGCUGCAGGGGAAGGAAGCACCCCAGGCCUCCCCGACUGACCUCCCAGCCCUCCAGCUGUUCGAGGUGGAAGAAAGAAGGAAACAGGAUGAGCUGCAGGUGCUGGAGUCCCAGGCCUUCCAGCAAAUGGCGCUCCCUCCAAGCACCCACCCAGCUGGAGGCGGCCCACAGGUCCUGGAGAACAGCCUGGAGGAGGAGGAGGAGGUGACCAUCGAGAUCGUGUUGUCCAGCUCUGGGGACGAGGACUCCCAGCACAGCCCCCAUGGGCCGCAGCCCUGCCAGGGCAGUGAGGAGAUGGCAGGCGAGGUGCCCGCCUCCAGGAAAGCCUACGUGUGCCCCGCGUGUGGGAAGGCCUUCCGCUGGAGGGUCAACUUUGUACGGCACCUGCGUAGCCGCCGGGACCGGGAGAAGCCACGCGUGUGCCCUGUGUGUGGGAAGCUGUUCAGCGAAGGCGAGGACCUGGACGGCCACCUGGAGGCCCACGAGGCCCAGAAGCCCUACAGGUGCGGCUCCUGCGGGAGGAGCUUCCGCCUCAACUCCCACCUGCUCUCCCACCGGCGGAUCCACCGGCAGCCCAGCAGACUGGAGCUGGAGAAGCAGAGCGAGGAGGGACUGGGCUUCCAGCGCCGGGAGCCCCUGGCCCGGCACCGCGGCCACACACACCAAAAGGACGCCAUGCGGCCCUUCCAGUGCCGCUACUGCGUCAAGAGCUUUGGGCAGAACUCGGACCUCCUCCGCCACGAGCGCGUGCACAUGAAGAGGCGCUCCAAGCAGGCCCUAAACUCCUACUGAGGGCUACGGCUCAGCCCCAUGCUCCUGCUGCCCCCUGCGCCCGGGCCGUGUCUAGCCCCACCUGCUGCCACAGUAGCCCCACCAGUGCUUGUUCCAUCUCAGAGGCCCCUGCACACGGUCGCCCCAGCUGGCAGAGGGCUGGUCUCCAUCCUGGGACCACUGGGUCACCAACCAGUCCUCAGCACUAACAUUCCCAUCUUGCCCUGAGCACGGACCCCAGAGUCCAGGCUGGCUGCUGUCCCUGCCCAACAGGUUGGGUGGGGAGUGGACCCGGUGCACAGCACAUCCUGUCUCCAAGGCAGCUGAAAGGCUGUUGGUGGGGGUGGGGUGGGGAGCCCUAUGGUGGGAGCUCCAGGGUGCUCAGGGCUGGGAACCCGCCAUGGUCCCUUUGGAUGUGUGCGGGGGAGUGGGGCUCCCCAGGAAGGCAAAGCUCUCCUUUUUAACUGUUGUGCACCUGCCCCAGAAUGCCCCUUUCUCUGCCCAGAUGCCCUUGGUAAACAUUUGAGUUGGAAGCUGA